CAAUCAUAUUGCCGGCGGACACGGUGUUUAAGAAUUGCUCGCAUAAAAUACGCGGGCUUACAACAUCGUGUACCGACCGUGUUCAGCAGAUGGGAGUGUUUGCAGAUGAGGAAAAUUUGUCACAUACAAUUCGACAACAAAUAACAUCGCCCGGAAUGCAUUGGCAACAACACCAACACGAACGGUACGUUGGUCCGGCAUAUGAUCCAUCACGCGAUUUAUCACCAAAUUUACCAGCAUGUGAUGCUACAGCUUCAUCAAUGGGUAGCAGUAGCGGUCCAAACACAAAUAACAGUGAUAAUGAACCACCUGGUGCGGUUGUAAAAGUUAGUGGUAGUUUAUGUUCAACACCCAGUGGCUCAAGUAAUUCCUCAAGUACAUCUUCAUCAUCUUCAUCAAGUUCAUCUUCUACGUCCUCCGGUAGUGCGUGUAGUACUCCAAGUCAUAAUAAUAAUAACAAUAAUAAUAUACAGUGUCACCAAAACAAUCCGUCCAAUAAUAAUAAUAAUAAUAAUAAUAAUAAUAGUACAUGUGCGUUAAGUUCCUCAGAAAUGUGUCGUAUCUCAUCACACGACUAUCAUAAUCAACAUUUUCCACCGAUUCAAAUACCAAAAUUAGAACCUGUUACAACACCUCCACCGCCGUCGUCGAAUCGACCAUACGGACAAAAUAGUGUGAAUGAUGUGCUAAGUGCUUCUGGUGAUUUAGAUGAUGAUAAUAUUCGGACUAGGACAUCGAAAACAUUGCCUGGUCAUUGUAAAAAUAACAAUAAUUCACCAUUAGCAGCGAUUUGUGCUGGUUGUGGACAGUUAAUAUCCGAUCGGUUCUAUUUACAAGCGGUCGAUCGAAGAUGGCAUGCAGCAUGUUUACAAUGUUGUCAAUGUCGGCAUACAUUAGAUGGUGAAGUUACGUGUUUCUCCCGAAAUGGGAAUAUUUAUUGUAAAAAAGAUUAUUACAGCAUGAUUAAUUUAUUCUAUCGUGAGUAA